AUGGAGGCUGCGGAGAUGGACGGAGGCCUCGGAGCUGGCCUCCUGGAAGAGGCAUUUCGCAGUCCUGCCGAGGAGAAUGUCGGCCCGGCUUACACUGUGGAGUGGGAUCACAGCCUAGCCGAGCUGACGCAUGCAUCCAGGUCACCAAUACCUGGCCAAGUGCGGGAAGCCUUUGGCCGUGCACGGCAGCGUGCAAACUGCGGUUUGUUUGCCGAGGGACUGGCCUGGGCAUCCUUAGAUGACGUGUUGUAUUUGUGGGACUACUCGGACAUGUCCCCGAGUGUUCACUCGGUCCCGGGCGAUUCUGCCAUCAUCUCGGUUGCGCUGUGCCCUGCCAAAUCGGGGAUUUUUGAGACUCAGCAGCCGCGCUGGGUGCUGGUAAUUGCCACCAGGCUAUCAGUAAGCCUUGUUGGUGUGAAUUUCGCUCGAAAAGAGAUUCGAGCUUCAAGCGUGCCAGAUGCCACUCCGGCUAAUGUUUCACUGAGCGACUGGACGACUUCAGCCAGAGCUGGGAUUCCAGGAGGGCCAGUCAACUCAAUCCAAAGCCAAAGCAGCUUACAUUUUGUCCCUCUGCAGGGCUUUCGCGCCUUAUGUGAGGGUGCUUUAUUCCAUUCCAUUCAUUCUUCUCCGGGUGGGCGCAUUUUCCUAUUGUCUGGCGCACCACACAUCUAUGAGCUCUUGUGCUCACAAGCUGGCUGGUAUCGUGCAAAGUGCAGACUGGUACGACAUUGUGUGGGACCAGGCUGGUGGAAGAGUCCGAAGCCUGGCCGCCUGCGGCUGCUAUCCUGUGGUCCUGCAGGCCAUAUUCUUACAUGCGAUGAUGUCGGAACUCUACGACUGUGCUGGGCGAUGGAUCAGAUUGGAGGUUCUUCCACUCUGGAAGAGCUGGCCUCGCUAUCUGCAGUGGCUCUGCGUGAGCAGGUCCGAGCCAUCACUCAAGGUUCUUUGGCAUCCUUCACGCUGACGCACUUGUUCUGCUGGAUGGGUGCGACUGGCCAGCUUCUCCUGGAUGCCACGACCAUUGCCGGGGAGCGACUACAUUUUGUCUGCUCUGUGGAAGGUUCGACUCGACGAAAGUAUGGCUUCUGGCUUCAACAUCUUGCCAGCUCUUGGUCAUCACGUCCAAGCUGUGCUGAAAGCCAUGAGAGACGUGUGCGGAGCUCCUGUUUGGAGGAGCAUCCGGACCCAUGCUUUUUCGCACCUGGUGCUGAUGGUGCUUCGACACUGGGCUCCGUUUGGCUAUGUGCAGCCUUGCGAAGGGCCGGCGCAUCAGCAUCAGAUCUCGCUGUGUCGAUUCGACUGAAUGGCGUGCCGCACGACCACUUUCAGCCUUUGAGUCCCAAGCAGGCAGUGGAGAUGCAGGGUAUGCUCAGUUUUGAUGCUCCAGUGCUGGCCAUUGCUCAAGAACAAUCACAACCUACAUGCCAGAAAUUCGCUGUCCUCCUGGCUGACCGUGUACAGACAGUGACCAUUGCGCACCAGGCAUCGGCAGCGAAGAGAGCCCCGGCUGAAGCAGCGGAAUGUUGCCUCUUCCUUCAGUCCUUGACUUCCGGAGCACCUGGUGGAGCCACAGGCAGCCGGAUCCAGUACGACUGGUGCUGGAGCCUAGACGACGCCCGGUUCCCGACCUUUGAGGAGCAGCGACGUGCGCAACUACUGAACCAGGCUGUUCCAAAGAUGAUCUUGGGUCGCUGGCCUUCGGGACUUCUGCGUUUUCUGUCGGAGACGCUGCGCAGCGUUUGGACUCGGCCCCUGCUCUUGACACCAGCCCGUGUCGUGGAGGUCCCUUCGCUGCCGCUCAGCCUGUGCCGUAAGAGACGAAGGUGCGCUUCGCCCCCGGUUGUCGCGAUCAGUGAAUUGGCCGCGAGAAAAAUCUUCUCGCAGCUUGAGCCAGUGAUCCAUUUCGUGGCAAAGGGGCUGGCGCACAACGCCGAAGAACAGGUGCCGUUCGGCACACCCUGCUCAGCAGUGAUGCGUGCGCAGCUCUACGUGAAGCGUACUGAGGCUGCGCACGCACCGUCCAGCUGCGACUCAGCACAAGCGCGUGUGAGAAGGGCAAUGCUGGAGCUUUUGGAUGUGAUGGAUCGAACUCGGCAAAUUCUUGGCCUGAUCUUGAUACUGCACAAGUCGGGAUGCACGCAAGCUGUAUUGGAAAGUGCACCGCUGCAAGAGCAUGACCCAGCAUCUGCUCCUCCAGGGGUGGCAGAACCGGCAGAUGUCUUGUUGCCGAGCGCUGCAUCUUUGCUGCUCAGCCGAUCCUUGCGAGACCUGGUGCUGUCUCCAGUCGCACUCUGGCCUGCUGUUCAACUAUGCACUGCUCUGGUGAUGCAGGCAGUGCAAGGGAAUGCAGAUGAGUCUCCAGAACAAGAAGGCUUUGGCCGUUCAGCUGUGGGACUUCCACGCCAUGUAGAAGCGGACAGCAUAUGCAAAGAGCUACAGACGCAACGAGCCUUGUUGACCAUCAGUGGCUGGGUUGCUGCAGAAAGCUUUGCGAGCAUGGCGGACCAAAGCAUACCUCCUGCAGAGCUGAAGCAGCGACGAAAUAGUUUGAAUGAGUCGAGGUUGAAGACUGCGCGCCUGUCCGUCGCCGGUAAAUCGCAUACUCCUCGUCCAGAGCGGAGUCAAGGACGGACCAAGCGUCAGUUGGACAAGCGACCAGUUUUGCGGCUGCUGGCAGAACUUGCUCCCGCACUCAAAGAAGAGAGAAGUACCGCCGACAGUGCAUCUGAUGUCUUCUGGCUUGCUCUGGCAGUGGCAACCACAUCCUUGGUGUUUGUACGACGCGACGAUGGUGUUUUGGAUUCGAUCCUUGGUGCUGCGCUGCUCUUCGUCUUCUGGUACAUCGGUCAGUGCGGUGGCAGAUUUCUUGCCCAGAACUGGAAGUACUUGCCCAUCCCUUCUGCAGCGGAUGUCACCACUUUCGCCGUCCUCUCAGCCUUGAGGUCAUCUGUGGAAGGCUUGGGAGGACCAGUGGCAAGCGUCUUCUUCUUGGCCUGGGAGCGCUCGCCACGGAGCACAGACGAUGCUCAGGGCUUCUGGCUGCGCUGGGUGCCAGCACUCCGUGAUGCUUCGAUGCUGCUGUUGCUGGCUCACGUGCUGCGUGCUGGCGCAACUGCUGCCGAGCUUCUGUACAGCAGCCGGAUCCUCACGACACAACGGUCAGAAUUGUGGCAAAACACCCGUGAGCGGCGGGUGCUUGCAGUAUUGAGGGGUGCUGUCGAGAAGCAAAGCAGUGAAGAAAAGCCCGACGAGAAGUCUCUGCUGGACUUGGACGACUCUGUGCCGUUGGCCUUCGAGCGCGCGUGUGCCGAGCUCAUCGCUUCCGGGAGUCCAGGCUCUGAGCUAUGGCUGAGCUUGGCCUCUUUGGCCGAAGAGGAGGAUGAAGACAGCGACGACUUCGCAGAAUUCCGAAUGAAGCGCGAGACUAGUGGCUCCAGUGCUCAGGAUGUUUUCAAGGUGGACGGGGUGGUGCUUGAGCCGGAGCAUGUGGCUGCUGGCGCUCGUGCUUUGUACCGAAAGCUGGCACCACAUGGACGGCUGAAUUUCGACAAGCUGCACACGGUCAUCGAGAAUGACAUUGAAACCGAUCGCCUGUGGGCAUUGCUACAGGCACUGGAUGAAGAGAGUGAAGUAGCUGUGAAAAACACCGGCAAGACGGUCAUGGAGAGAUCCAGCUCCAUGCCGUUGGAUGCCUCGGAAAGCCAGUCAGCAGAACCCAAAAUUCGCAGCCGCAAGAUCAAGAAGACAAAAUCCUCUGGACACAUUGAGCAGACAGUUGGAGUUGACGCAUUUGUGCAUUUGGUCGUGUCCACCUAUAAAGAGGCUGCAAGACUGGUAUCCACAGUGGGAGAGCACUCAGCUGUAUUUGCGCUGUUUUGCAGCGUGCUCUCCGUGCUUCGACUUUCGGUCCUCGUAGUCGUCGCUGUGGGGCGCUUUGCACCAAUCACGGUGCUGCAAACAUUGAGCUGGCUUCUCUCCUCGGUACUCCUGGCAGUGUCUUUUGCUUGGGGGCCGGUUCUGCUGGACAUCUUGCAAUCCUUGGUGCUGCUUCUGCAUGUGAACCCCUUCGACACCGGUGACAUGAUUAUCUUCCGCGGAAACUAUCUGCAAGUACAGCAGAUCAAGCUUCUCAAUACAGUUUUUCGGGAUCUCUGCGACGAGGAGAUCUACAUCCGCAACUCUGUCCUUUAUGCCGAUUGUGAAGGAAUUCUCAACAUCCGCAGAUCUGGAAGAGCAUCUGCAGCCAUUGAGCUUUUGAUUCCACCGCAAUCUGCCACAAAGCCGAAUCUGAAAGCACUCACUGCAGCAGCUCGUCGAUAUGCGAUGGCGCAUCCGGAAACGUGGCAAGAGCAAGUCUCUGUUGGAGUCUUUCCGACAAGCCAGCCUGGUGCUGCAGUGGUUGUUGGAAUGGAGGCGUUUCCGAGUCAGGGUAUACGAUUGCGUGUUUCAGCUACGCAUCAGCUGUCCAAAUCGCAGGUCGACUUCCUCCAAGCAGGCAUUGUCCAUGUUGCAGAGGCAAUUCGGGUGAGAGACGGGCAGUUUGAGCGCAAGUCUUCGUCUUUGCCGCAGGAGCCUGGCAUGGCUGCAGAGCUCUGCGCAGAACGCGUGUGCAAGCUGGCGGACUCCUGGCCAGACUCAGAAGAACGUUGCCGAGAUCUCAUCUCCUCCCUUCUGGAUGCUAUGAGCCUGGAAAGGUUGGCCGAGGCAGCCACAGCUUUGGAGGUCUUUCUGAAAAGGAGUCGUGCAUCAGCGUGCAAGCUUCCGGGUUCCAACGAGCCCGUCUUUCAUCACAUCACCUUCGAUCAUCUGUUAAGUACACCCAGACUGCACGCUCUCCUGGAGGCCAUUCUGAAUACGAAUGCCGCCGAUGUCAAGGCCAUACUGCAGCGACGCUCUGCAACCAGCCGGACGGCGUCAGAGCUGCUGUGGAGGUACUUUCAGCGGCAAGGCCAUGAGAGGCCUGCAUGGGCACAGCUUCAGCGCUUGGUCGAGGCACCUGAACAGUUCUACAACUUGAAAGACCGCAUCAGAUAUCUCCACCUCGCGCAGGAGCAGCGCAAGAGCGUGAGCUCUGCGUCCUUGCAAGAAGAGCUUGCGCUGAGAUUGGGGGCGGCCGAAAAGCUCCAGCAACCCUUGCUGAAGGAGCUGCUGGUCUUGGCAGAGAACGAGAAGCAAGAUGCAAGGUGGCGUGAUGCAGCCCGCAAGCGCUCUUCAGAACUACAGCACCUGAGGAGUGCACGUGAGCUCUACGAGGUGGCCGGUGAGUUCGGGUUCUGGCAUCUGCAACUAGGCAUCGCCGGCUUUUCAGGCGUGAACAUGGCACAUGAUGUGGCGACGACACUGUGGGCUGGCUUCUUGUUCCCUGCUGAUGGUCCCUACAACUCGCACAGUGACGAGGUAGCUUCACCCAAGCUGCUGUUCCCUUUGCUGAUGCGGCGGCCGCACACAUGUUUCUUCGCCUCCAAGCAGGAGGAGAUGGACGAACGGCAGCUGAAGCCGUCGCUGCUUCGUGAUCGAGUACUCGCAUUUCUGCAGGAGCUCAAGGAGGUUGCUCCAACCAGCCACCAGCUGUGGCAUGUGCGAGGGAUUGCAACACUUCUGGAGUUCAGCAGCUGCCUGUGGCUAAAUGCUUUGCAGAAGGUCGGGCAGACAACCGAGUUGCAGGAGAAAGGAGGUGAUGGAGCUGCUGGUUCGUCACUCAUCGACGAGAAUCGGCUGUGGGUCGCGCUGGAGGUCCUGAUGCAAAAGCCCUUUUCAUUCUCCCUUCCCGACUUGAUCACUUUCUACGCGGAAAUGAUCGCACAGCUUGAUGCCUGGCACACGGACCUGCAGGAGACGUCGGCAUAUUCGCAGCCCAGAAGAUGGGCGUGGCCUACUGAGGAGGAUGUCCAUUUACAUCUUUCCCAUGUUGCCAUCGUGCUCCUGGCCAGCUGGCUCCGUGAGGCCGAAAGGACCUGCGAAAGCAUUUCAGAGUCCUGUGCGAACGCUGAAAGUGAGUUCGUAAGAGUCUGGCGACGUUCAGCAGACGGCCUGCUUUCAGGACUCUGCCUUCGUCUCAACCAUGCUCGCCACCACUCUGCUCAACGAUUGCUCGGGGAGGCUCUGCGCUUGGAGAAAGGCUGCCGCUUGCUGUUGGAUCGUGUGGUAUAUCUGGGCCCUGAGAAGCACUUCGCAGGGGAAGCCCAGACUGCACAGUGA